CCGCAGAGACUUCUUCUUCCCGUAGAAGCAGCGCCUGGUUUCUUCAACGCUCCAACGUUCGGCUCCAUUAAUUUUGUGACAAUCAAUUGCCAACGGGAAGAAAAGCUUUGCCUAUAAAUUGAGCACAGAAUCAUCAGAUUGAAGGGGGGGAACAUCGACGGGAAUAAAGCAGCGGCUUGGCCGCUGCUAUGGUGGCCGGCGUUCGACGAUGGCAGCGGCGGCAGUAGCUCCGGCGACGGCUGUGGCCGAGGGUGGACAGUCUUCUUCAAGCUCCAAUUUCUUCAAUUUCAUCUUCUUCUUCAUCAAUUGAUUGACGUUUGCCAAUGAAGUGUGGGGAGAAGUCUGCGUCAGUUUUAGCCCGUCCCAAAAUUUCCUAGAGGUUUGCUUUCUUAAUAAUGACAAGGCACUAUUGGGUGGCGGAUACCAAGUGGAGAUUAUCACCCAAUUAAGAUAUUGUGGACCAUCUAGCUAGUCGCCUUUGUCAAUAGGAACAAAGCAGAGUAUGUAUUCUUUUGCCAUCGAUCAUGCACAUGUGAAGAAUCACCUUUGGAUUUUUCUUAAUCUACGCAUUCCUAAUGAUAUGGACGAAGGAGAGGCCGAAUACUAGCUAUUUCUACACUACAUACAACAAGCUUCCAAUCCAAUUCUUGAGACAAGUUUCUAGCUCCGCAAUCGGUGAUGCCAUCCUCCUUUUCAAGCUUAAUGGAGACAUGAGAUUCAGUGACGGAUCAAAACUUCAAAACAUCCGGAACAUUAUUGAUAUUGAAAAACUUUUCGAUGCCGAGUUGGCUGGAACUAAGAGGUUGAAGGAUUGCACAUUGAUCAUGACAGAGGGGGAUUUUGGCAAAGCACUUGUGAUGAAUGGCUUGCGUGCUGGUCUCUCAUAUGAGGAGAGAAAGCUCUUUGGGGUCUACCCACUAAGGGGGAAACUACUCAAUGUGAAGCAGGCCACACACACCAAGAUAAAUGAAUAACAAAGAAGUUGAAGAAAUUAAGAAAAUAGUGGGCCUUAAACAAGGGGUCAACUACCUUCAAUCCUGGAAGAGAGAUUUGAGAUAUGGUCAUAUCUUAAUUAUGACAGAUCAGCAACUAUAUUCUCAAUCUAAGCUGGAACCUGAGUGGCAUAAUAAUUCAAUAUGGUGGAAGGGCACACCUGGAGCGACCACCCAACUCCCAAAGCUCUCGUUUUCAGGUACCCCAAUCUUCUGUACCAGGUUGAAUGGAAUCCCACAUGAGACCACGAUGCGUGAAACAAACCAUUGUUGAUAGUGUCCCAUAACCGCUUGCUUUGGAGUGCAGUG